AUGAACUCAUUGAGGUCCUUUUUCCGAACAUUCAGAACGGACUACCCUGUAUUAUCCUAUUCGUUGAAACGAACAGUCACGUUUCUCUCAUGGGUUCCUGUGUUUUACGUUAUAUCUGAGCAUGUGUCGUAUAUAGGAGUGAUUGACGGAAUAUCCAUGAAACCGACGUUUAACCCAGACUUCUCGACCUCCAAAGAUAGGGUGCUACUUUGGAAAUUUAAUGUUAAAAAGUUGGAAAAUUUGAAUGUGAACGACGUGGUGUUCUUGAAAAGUCCAAUCAACCCGAACCAGAUCUACACCAAAAGGAUAAAGGGCUUGGCCUCUGACUUGAUUAUACCCAGGUAUCCAGACACGCGGUCCAAAGCAUUGAUUCCCUUAAAUCAUAUAUGGGUGGAGGGAGAUAACAUCCAUUCGAUUGACUCAAAUACAUACGGACCGGUAUCGACAGGGAUGGUUGUUGCCAAAGCGGUAUGGAUCCUUUGGCCGUUGAACAGAUUCGGGCCCGUUCCAAGUAGUGGCGGAAGAGAAUGCCGUGAGCGGUUUUUACGAUAUCCAGCUAAGUCGUCAUGA